AUGCUGAUGAUCGAGGCUCGUGGGGCAUGCAAGAAGUGUGGGCGAGUUGGGCACCUAACAUAUCAGUGUAGAGACUUCUUGACUGUUAAGGAGGACAGUGGUAAAGACAAGGAUGAGAAGGGAAUCGAGGCAGCGGUUUUGUCUAGGUUGGAGAAGUGGAAGGGGAACAGAGAUAAGAAGGAAAUUGCUGAGAAGUACGACUCUGAAAUUGAAAGAGCAAUUGCUGAGAAGUACGACUCUGAAAUUGAAAGAGCAAUUGCUGAGAAGUAUGGGAAGAACUCGAAGAAGAUUGACGAAAUUACCCCCUCUCAAACAGGGCAUUUAACGGGAAUAUUGAAGGAGGACUAA